AUGAUACUCCCUCCAUUUCAAAUUAGUUGUCGUUUUGACAAAAUGGCUGCGACGGUUCUAAUCCUCAUAAACUCAAAAGAUCCGACAACGGAAAGAGUCGGUCCAAACUUGAGCGUGAGAGGCUUCCACCUGAUCGACAAGAUCAAGGCCACGCUUGAGGCUCAAUGUCCCUCCAACGUCUCUUGCGCUGACAUAGUGGCCAUCGCCACACGUGACUCGGUGGCCUUAGCUGGAGGCCCGAGCUACAACAUUCCCACGGGGCGGCGCGAUGGCUUAAAAACGAAUGGAGACGGCGUUUUCGACCUUCUCGGACCAACCGCCUCUGUGGCUGCGUUUCUCAAGUUCUUUGGAGACAAACUGUUGAACACGUUCGAUGCUGUUGCUCUCUUGGGUGCACACACGGUUGGUGUCGGUUCUUGUGAUCCAUUCAAAGAUCGGCUCACAAAUUUUAACGGAACCGGACAGACCGACCCAUCCAUGGACUCUGGUUUGGUUUCAAAGUAA